UUCUGCAAAAAAUAAUAUCGUGUUCCUUCGUUUGUGAUUGCUAUACCUUCGAGUUUUGCAAUUUGCUCGAAAUUUCUAUCAUAGAUCGUAAUUUUUCCGUGACAACUUUCGCGAGUGUAACAAAAAUUAGUUGACUCGCUUUAUUGUGUUUAAUUCCGAGUUAUUUACUGAUAUUUGGCUAAAGAUCUCUCUUUUUGAGAACUGAAAAUGUCGCUGUUUGGAUCUUUGAUGGGUGAUUUUGAAGAUGAUCCAUUCUUUGGCUCUCAUUUUAGGCAUAUGCGUCAGAUGAACAGCAUGAUGAACUCGAUGUUCUCUGACCCGUUCGGCAUGCUCGGCGGCGGCGGCCCCCUGGCGCUGACUGCUGCCCCCCGACACGCCUGCACUUCAAUGAUGCCUAUGAUGCCCCAAAUGCCGAUGCUUAACAGAUUAUUCACAGAUAUGGAUGGAUCCAUGGGCACAGGAAGCUCAUUCAGCAGCAGCACAGUUAUAAUGUCCAGUGGACCUAAUGGUAAACCACAGGUAUACAGUACUAGUAGCAGCACCAAAAUAGGACCAAAUGGUCUUAAGGAAACACGUAAAACUCUUCAGGACUCCCGCACUGGGACUAAAAAGAUGUCUAUUGGUCACCAUAUCGGCGAGCGCGCGCAUGUGAUCGAGCGGGAACAAAACUUUUACUCCGGUGAUGCUGAGGAGAGGCAGGAGUUCAUUAACCUCGAUGAGGAGGAGGCUGAAGAUUUCGACAGAGAGUUCCAAACCAAGGCGGGCAUGAUGAGGGCGCGUGAAGCCAUCGCCCCAGGCUCCCGCAUGGAGUCGCCUCGUCUCGCACUGCCGGCACCACCGCCUUCUACAAGUAGAGAUGUGUCCAGUCCUCGUCACCACUCACGGCCGAGUUCGCGCCGGCCAAUCAGAAACAGCGCCGGCUCCCACCUACUACCCUCCAGUACCAGCGUCCGCGAGGUAUACGGCGGCUCUCACCCUCAACGGCACAGGCACAAACACCAGAAGACCCACCGACACUCCAACGCCGACAAUUAAUGUACCAUCCUCACAAACUAGCCGUCCAUCAGACGUAACAAAACGCAGAAACGACGCAAUGAUAUCUUAUGACGUUUAUUACCGGACUGUGCAACAACUAAACGCAACUGUAGAAUGUAAUGUGUAGGAAUGUUAGAUGUAAAUGAUGUGAUUGUUUUGAAGGAUACCGAAAGGGGUUAUCACGAAAUAAUUCAUUACGAAACUGUUAAUGUACUUUUAUUAAUAUAGUCAAUCGGGUUUUAAUACGAAUAAAAUGGUAAAUAUAAGUAUUUACCUCUCAGUCAGUCAGCUCGUGACCACGGCUAAUAUAACGUAGUCGCAACGUCGAGAGAAGUAAAUACCUUCAUUUACCACAAAUUUAUUAGUGUUAAAACCCGUUUAACUAUAUUAACAAAGUGUAUCAAACAGCAAAGUUUAAAGAUAAGUGAGAAUGUACUUUGUUUCUUUUGCGACAGAGUUCAGUUUGUAUAUCAUCAAAUUUUGAUUAAACUUUGUUAAUAGUCGGACGAUUAGAAUUUUUCGUGAAACAACAAUGUAUUGGAUGAAUAGUAUUAUGUUUAAACAAAUGCUGUGUAUAAGUAAGGUGUACAACAACAUAGUAGCUGAAUGACCUGUUUGUUCUAACAAAGGUAAAGACAUACAUAUUUAGUUAUUGUCGUGGAUAGGUAUAAUCCAUAUUGGUAGGAAAUGGUUUCGAGCGGUAGCAAUAUGAUUUUGUACUAUUAUUUGUUUUAAACAAAAGACGCAAUGAGUAUUUUUAUAUAUACACUCAAUGCCACGUGAGUUGAUUGUGUAUGUCGAGAUUGUGUAAUAUGAAAUUGUCUAUGGUAUGUACCUAAUAUUUUAUUUAGUUUUUCUGGAAGAAGAAUAAUAACUGAGCAUAAUACUAUUAAUAGGGAAUAAAGUACGCGCUGUACGCAUGAGAUAGAAUGAGAAUGCAACGUCUAACAUCUGUUUUUCUCAUUGGGCUAUAGUUUCUAUCUACGUGACAAUACAUGUUUGUUUACAAUGUUUUUUACUUUGUAAACAUUCCAUAGACAAGACGAACUUAAAACUUUUUUCUGUUUUAAAUGUACUAGGAAUGCAGGUCAAACUUUCUUGUUCUAGUGGCGAAAUGAACUGUAUGCAGAUUAGAGAUUACUAUAUUUUAAAUUAUAUUAUAAUUAUUGUUUUAGUUUUUGCGUAAUUAAUUUUAUUUGACAAGAUGUCUGGUUACAUUUUAAAAGUAUUGACAAAAGAUUUAGUCCGCCAUUAUUACACAAAUUUUGUGCAUUGAAUAAGUAAAUUGAGUACUGAAAUACAGUUUUACGCAACACAUUGCAUACAAUAACAACUAUAAAUUAAAGAUCAUUAUAAUAUUAUAAUGUAAUAAAACAAUGUUGCUAAAGUUAUUACUUCAAGUUUCUGUUCUUAAUUUUAUUUAAGGGGUUAUAAUAUGUAUCAUAAUUUACAAA